AAAUCGUGUGACAUAUAAAAGGUUAGCGCCACAGCACUGCACUCUUCCUUCCAUUCGCACAGCUGCGAAAAUACCCAGAGAGAGAGAGGGAGAGAGCGGGAGAAAAUGGUGUCGCUGAAGCUACAGAAGCGGCUUGCCGCCAGCGUCCUCAAGUGCGGCAAAAGAAAGGUCUGGCUCGACCCUAAUGAAGUCAAUGAACUCUACAAGGCUAAUUCCAGACAAAACAUCAGGAAAUUGGUCAAGGAUGGUUUCAUCAUCAGGAAGCCAACCAAGAUUCACUCACGAUCCCGUGCUCGGAGAAUGAAGGAGGCCAAGAGAAAGGGACGUCAUUCCGGAUAUGGUAAACGUAAGGGUACUAGAGAGGCCAGAUUACCCACCAAAGUGCUUUGGAUGCGAAGAAUGAGAGUCCUCAGGCGCUUGUUGCGUAAGUACCGGGAGUCGAAGAAAAUUGACAAACACAUGUAUCAUGACAUGUACAUGAAGGUGAAGGGAAAUGUUUUCAAGAACAAACGUGUUUUGAUGGAGAGCAUCCACAAGUCUAAGGCUGAGAAGGCCAGAGAGAAGACCUUGUCUGAUCAGUUUGAGGCUAAGAGAGCGAAGAACAAGGCUAGUAGGGAGAGGAAGAUAGCAAGGAGAGAGGAACGUUUUGCCCAGGGGCCACCACCUUGAGCUGCAGCAGCCCCUGCAACCCAGCCAGCACAGGGAAGUAAGAAAGCUAAGAAGUGAAAUAUUUAUCAUGGCAACUUUUAAGGAUUGGUGGCUUUAUGUCAUGGCACUGUUUUUGUUAGUAUGGCACUUUGUUUUCCCCCUUUUUUGUUGUUAUCUUCAUAUAAAACUAUGUUAUCUAUAUCUAGACGAAAGGAGUAUUGAAAUACGUCAUUCUAGUUUGUCAUAUUUUGAUUUGAGUUAUCGUCUCUCUAAAUUUCCCUGUUGGCAUUUGCUUCUUUAGAUAAA